UGGCGAAUCCUCCAAUUCCCCAGCAGUCUUACGCGACGGUAAAUCUGCUGUGCGUAAUGGAAAUCAAAGUACAUAAAAAUCAAAUUAAAUGCCAUAAAUAAAACCAAAUAAACAUAAAAUACAAUUAUAUGCAUCUGCAUGAGACUCGUGCGAGUAGCUGCGUCCUUUAUCCAAAUUCAGAAGCGUGCCCCAUUAAAUAUUAAAAGUUCUUAAAGCAGCCGCUACGGCAGGUACCUCCCAGAUCCGCCGUGCUCCGCCGUGGUUAGCCGUCGCCCUCCGCAGCUGCCCCACAUUUGUUGCCGGCUGCUUUUCUCUUUUGUCUUACCCGCUCUCUGUAUACGUGAAGGAUUGUUUACUUCGUGCAUGUGUAUGCUAAUUCUUGGGUGAAAAUCAACAAUGGGCCAAACAAGCGGCAACUAAGUGCGGCUGAAAUCCUAACAGGUAGAUUAAACAGACUCUUUGUCAAGAUGUAUGGGCUGCUGUUGGAGAAUCUAUCCGAGUACAUCAAGUCCGUGUACGGCGAGGAGAAAUGGGAGGACAUCAGACGGCAGGCGGGCAUCGAUUCGCCAUCAUUCAGCGUGCAUCAGGUGUAUCCCGAGAAUCUGCUGCAAAAACUGGCUAAGAAGGCGCAAACUGUGCUUGGCGUUUCCGAGCGCGAAUUUAUGGAUCGUCUGGGCGUUUACUUUGUUGGCUUUGUGGGUCAAUAUGGCUACGAUCGCGUGCUGUCGGUGCUGGGACGGCACAUGCGUGACUUUCUGAAUGGCCUGGACAAUCUGCAUGAGUACCUUAAGUUUUCGUAUCCGCGCAUGCGCGCACCCAGCUUUAUAUGCGAAAACGAAACCAAACAGGGCCUCACGCUGCACUAUCGAUCGAAGAGGCGGGGCUUUGUGUACUACACGAUGGGACAGAUCCGGGAAGUGGCGCGCUAUUUCUACCACAAGGAGAUGCACAUUGAGCUGGUGCGUGAGGAGAUUCUAUUCGAUACAGUGCACGUAACCUUUCAGCUGAUAUUCGAUAACCGGGCUUUCACACUCGCCUCCCUGGCCAUGACGCGCGAGGAGAAGCAUUUGCCCAUCAGCGCACACGUCCUCUUUGAGAUAUUUCCAUUUUGCAUCGUGUUUGGCGCUGACAUGGUUGUGCGCAGCAUUGGCAACUCCCUGAUGGUCAUAUUGCCGGAGCUAUUAGGCAAGAAGAUUACAGCCUGGUUCGACUUGGUGCGCCCGCUAAUUGCAUUCAAGUUUCAAACCAUACUUAAUCGCACCAACAACAUAUUCGAGCUGGUUACCGUGGAUCCGGUUACAGAGCGUUUGGAUGCACAGAACGAGGACUUGCUGCUGCAUGACGAUGGCAGCGAGCCGGAAAAAUCUCUCCGACUAAAAGGUCAAAUGGUUUAUAUGGAAAACUGGCGCAUGAUCAUGUUCCUGGGCACGCCAGUGAUGCCCGAUCUGACCUCGCUGAUCACAACUGGUCUCUACAUAAACGAUCUGUCCAUGCACGAUUUUAGCAGAGAUCUCAUGUUGGCGGGCACACAGCAGUCCGUAGAGCUGAAAUUGGCGCUGGAUCAGGAGCAACAGAAGUCCAAGAAACUGGAAGAGUCCAUGCGCAAACUGGAUGAGGAAAUGCGGCGCACCGAUGAGCUUCUCUAUCAGAUGAUACCCAAACAGGUGGCGGAUCGUUUGAGACGCGGCGAGAAUCCCAUAGAUACUUGUGAGAUGUUUGACAGUGUGUCCAUAUUAUUUUCGGACAUCGUCACGUUCACGGAGAUUUGCAGUCGAAUUACGCCCAUGGAAGUGGUAUCGAUGCUGAAUGCCAUGUACUCAAUUUUCGAUACACUCACAGAGCGCAAUUCUGUGUACAAGGUUGAAACUAUUGGCGAUGCCUAUAUGGUGGUGGCUGGAGCACCGGAUAAGGAUGCGAAUCAUGCCGAGCGAGUCUGUGAUAUGGCCCUGGAUAUGGUCGACGCCAUAACCGAUCUGAAGGAUCCCUCCACGGGACAGCAUUUGAGAAUACGUGUGGGUGUACACUCGGGCGCCGUCGUGGCCGGUAUUGUGGGCUUAAAGAUGCCACGUUAUUGUCUGUUUGGCGAUAGCGUUAAUACCGCCUCCAGAAUGGAGUCCACCAGUAUUGCCAUGAAGGUGCACAUAUCGGAGUCGACUAAGGUGCUGAUUGGACCGAGCUAUAAAAUACUCGAACGCGGCGAGAUCGAUGUCAAGGGCAAAGGCACCAUGAAGACCUACUGGCUGGAGGAGCGUGAGAAUCGCCUACCGCUACAGCUAACCGCUGGACUACAGUUGCAUCCGAUGUCCGCAGCACCGCCGCUUACACCCAUGCCCAAGGCCAUUUUGCCGGCGCCUAAGCCACAGCCACCGAUAGCGCCGCCGCCAGCCGAUCCUCCGCCGGCGGCCAUGUCAAAUGUGGUGCUGGGUGCCAGCGGUGCACUGGUUGCUGCCACUACAAUGGCUCAUCAUGCGCCAGCUGCAGCAACAGCAGCCACAACAGCCACAGCAGCGGCAGCAACCGAUGAGCGCAGCAGUCGCCUCUACUCGCCGGUAACCUUCAAGGAUGUGGCGAGGAGAAGCAUUGCCAACUCGCCAGUGCGCAGCAGUGCUGGCACCGGCUUUUUGCCAGAGCAAAAUAAGCGGCGCGAAUCCCGCUCCAAUUCCACUGGUCACGUUUUCAUGCGCUCGCCCAGCGACAUCUUCGGCUCGCUUAUAUUGGACACUGAGGAGUUUCUGGAGGAUUUACAAAUCUCGCGCGGCCCAUUGGCCAACAGCAGCAACAUCGGCAAAAAUAGCUGCCAAUCGCCAUGUGGAUUUAGCCCAACGCCACCAUUUCGCAUUGGCAGCGCUCCGCACAAACCGCGCCCAAGCAAUCCCGACAAGUUUACGCCCGAGGAACUGGCCGCCAUGGAUCAGCUGACGCCCCCUUCGACCGCACCGCCUAGAGAGUCGGCAAGCUGCAGCAGCGCCAGCAUGAAACCAUCCACAUCUAAUGCCUCGUUGGAGCGGGAGAGAAGCAUGAAGUUAAAAAAAAUCACAUUUUCCACCAGCACUACCCGGGAGGCGGUUAAGACACCGCCGACAGCGCCAGUUGCAUUAAUCGCUACCACAUCCAAGGAGAACUGUGUAACUCCAACUGCUGCUGCAGCUGCAGCUGCUGCUGCUGCACCAACUCUUGAAGUUUGCCCCAUGCACCGUGGCAAGCCGCCGCCGACUUUGGUCGGCACAGCACCAGCUGUGGUGCCAGCAAGCAGCAGCAACAUCCGACCUGUAUCGAAGGAUUCCAUAUCAUCCGUUUCUCUGCAUUCACCACCACCGCAUCGUUCCAAUUCCGCGCCGGCCAGACCCCACUCUAUGUCCAAGGCGGCGCGCAAGGCUUUUCUGGCCGCCAAGCAAACAAAGGCCAUGGAGAAACUGGACAAGAUGAUUGAAGAAGCGCAUGAAGUUGAAUCUCAAUCGGCGGCAAAGGCGGCCAAUAUGCGCCUCGGCAUUUUUGGCCACGAUGGUGGUGGCGAUGAUCUGGGAGCUGCUGGCUGUCCAUUAUUUCUGCCACCACCACCGCCGCCUCAGAUCUUGAGUCGUGCCAUGCCCAGCUCCAUAUCCGAUUCGAGCAUUUGUAACCAUGGCCACAGCCAUGCGCCCAGCUGUCAUCAUCCGCUGCACGAGCCCAAGAUGAGCAACAGCCAGAGCUUCCAGCAUGCCCGCAGCUCCGGCCCCAUCUCACAUCAGUGCUGCAGCGGCUUUAGUCACGGCAAUGGACGACACUCGCAUCGCAUGCACUCGAAUGCCUGUACCGUACUAUAAAUGAGCUGGGAUAGCAAUUGGAACUGGCAUUCGAAAUCUUAGCAUGCCCCUUGAGUCAUAUCGUCUAUAUCUCAAUGUUCUCACGCGCUUCUCUUGGAGUAUAGUCAGCAAUUAUUAGAUCUUAAAUUGUAGUUAGAUGUUGAUUCUCAUACAUAUAUAUAUAAUUAAGUUUUGCA